CGGUGAGACCCGGUUGGGUGGGGGUUGUUGUGAAGCUGCUGGGAACACGUGAAGCAACGUCAUCAUAAACAUUAGUAGCCAAGAUGGCAGCUCCGGCGGGCGGAAAGGUUGUAUAUGAACAAGAAGGAGUUUUCAUUCAUUCUUCAAGUGAAAAUGAUGAUCAUGAUUGUUUACAAUCUGGGUCAUUACGAGUCAUUGAAAAGAGCACUGAGGUGAUAAUAGAUUGGAGACCACUGGAUGAUUCAUUAGACUCUUCUAACAUUCUAUACGCUAAAAAGGAUUCCAGUUCAGUUGUAGAGUGGGUACAGACUCCUAAAGAGAAGACUUUCAGAGGGCCAGAACAUAUGAACAGUUACGAAGCAGAAUGGGAUAUGGUCAACACCGUCUCUUUUAAAAAGAAGCCACAUUCAAAUGGAGAUGUUGCAGUUCGUACAACUGGCGAUAGCAAGUGGUCCUUCCUUUUCAGUUUAACAGAUUUAAAGUCAAUUAAGCAAAACAAAGAAGGAAUGGGAUGGUCCUAUUUGGUAUUCUGCUUAAAGGAUGAUGUUGUCCUUCCAGCUCUUCAUUUUCAUCAUGGUGAUAGCAGUUUAUUCAUCCAGAUACUUAAAAAAUAUGUGGUGCUUUGUGAAUCUCAACAGGAUAAAAGGAUUCUUGUGAACUGUCAGAGUAUUUCACAGUCCUUUGAAAAUCUCCUUGAUGAACCAACAUGUGGCCUAAUACAGAAAUUGAAAAAGGAUCCUUACACAACAACAAUGGGAGGGUUUUCCAAAGUGACCAACUAUAUUUUUGACAGUUUACGAGGAAGUGACUUAACAAAUCAGCAGCGGCCUCCAUCAGAAAUGGCAGAUUUCAUUAGUGAUGCUAUUCCAGGACUAAAAAUAAAUCAACAGGAAGAACCAGGAUUUGAAGUCAUUACACGAAUUGAUUUAGGAAAACGACCUGAAGCUCAUAGAAGGCAACCAGUAUCAGUUGAAGAGUGGACUAAGAAUAUGGAUUCUGAAGGAAGAAUCUUGAAUGUGGACUCUAUUAAACAAAUGAUAUUCAGAGGGGGGCUCUGUCAUGCUUUGAGGAAAGAAGUGUGGAAAUUCCUGUUGGGUUACUAUCCUUGGAAUAGUACUAGGGAUGAGAGGACAAGUAUGCAGAAAAGGAAAACAGAUGAGUAUUUCAGGAUGAAGCUUCAGUGGAAAUCUGUCAGUGAAGAACAAGAAAAAAGAAACUAUAGAUUGAGGGAUUACAGAAGUCUUAUUGAAAAGGAUGUAAACAGAACUGAUCGAACAAACAAAUUUUAUGAGGGUCAAAAUAAUCCUGGAUUGAUACUGCUUCAUGACAUUUUGAUGACCUAUUGUAUGUAUGACUUUGAUCUGGGAUAUGUUCAAGGAAUGAGUGACUUACUUUCACCUAUUUUGUAUGUGAUGGAGAAUGAAGUGGAUGCUUUCUGGUGCUUCACAUUGUACAUGGAUCAAAUGCAUCAAAAUUUUGAAGAGCAAAUGCAAGGCAUGAAGACACAGUUAAUUCAACUGAGUACUUUACUUCGCUUAUUAGAUAGUGGAUUCUGCAACUAUUUGGAAUCUCAAGAUUCAGGCUAUCUUUAUUUUUGUUUCCGAUGGCUUCUAAUAAGAUUUAAAAGAGAAUUUAGUUUUCAAGAUAUUCUUCGCUUAUGGGAGGUGAUGUGGACAGAUUUGCCUUGUCAGAAUUUCCACCUUCUUAUAUGCUGUGCUAUUCUGGAAUCUGAAAAACAACAAAUAAUGGAGAAACAUUAUGGCUUUAAUGAAAUACUCAAGCAUAUCAAUGAAUUGUCUAUGAAAAUGGAUGUGGAGGAUGUACUUUGCAAAGCAGAAGCUGUUUCUAUGCAGAUGAUGAAUUGCAAGGAAUUACCUCAAGCAGUUUGUGAAGUUUUGGGGUUAGAAAAUAGUGCUAUGACAACGCCAGAUUCAGAUGCUGGGGAAGAUGAGCCUGUCGAUGGGAUGAGUUACCUUGCAUCAGUGUAUCCAAACGUUUCUACGCCUGUUGCUGCUGCCAGCAAAAGAAAUGAAAGCGUUCAACAAGCGGCACACGCGGCGUCCACAAACUAACGCUGGUGUCACUGGUUGCAUUGUUCAGCAGACACUUUAUUACGGCUGUUUUGUUUCAGGCACUUGGGUUGAUAUUUUGAGUUUGUGUUGAUUAAGCUUUAAUGAAUUGGAAAAGAGAUCAUGUACUGUAAUAUUUCUGCAUCAAAGCUUUAUAACAUGACAUUAUUUUUAUAGUUUCUUCUACCAAAAUAGCCUUCUGUUUUUCCAGUAACAUUCCUUAAUACAUUUGUAUAAAAGUGCUUUUUUUUUUUUUGUCUUUAGUGAAAUGGGAAUCAGACAAUGUGAAUGGCAUGAAAUAAAUGGAUCUUUUGCUUGUACUUUGAAAAUACUUGGGCAUGGAUAGUUUUUGGAUAUCAUUAAGAUGUCACAACUCUUCUAUACUACUUCCUAAGUAAAAAGAU